AUGGCCGACAAAUCCACCAUUUACAUCGACGAGGAAAAGGGCAUCGAUGCCGAGUCGGCCACCGGCUCCGAGCAGGCCCCCUUCAAGUCUGUCCAAUUCGCUUUCCUCCAACAUGCCGACAAUGCUACAUACCAAGUUCGCAAGAGUCAAGAGGACCCCGAAUGGAAGCCCGCCGCAAAGGCUGCCCUGAAGAAGGCCGCCAACUACGCCGACGCCCAGAAGAAGAAGGCCGGAAAGGAGAAGGAGCUGGCCAUCCGUCUGCAAAAGGAAGAGGAGGAUCGUCAGAAGGUGCUCGAAGAGGCCAAGAAGAUUGAGAUCAAGGAAGACGCCUCGCUGCCCGAGGCCAAGAAGAUGAAGCUCGACAACAAGAUGGUCCAGCUGCGAGGCAACGGCGUCGAAAAGGGCUCGCGCGUCCGCGUCUUCGGCCGUGUCCACCGCUACCGCCAGCAGAAGGGCCUGGUCUUCAUCACCCUGCGCGAUGGUUACGGCUUCAUGCAGUGCAUCCUCCAGGGCGACCUCGCAAAGUCCUACGACGCCAUCACCCUGCAGCGCGAGAGCAGCAUGGAGAUUGUCGGUGAACUCGCCCAGGUCCCCGAAGGUGCCCACGCUCCCGACAACCGCGAGCUGCACGCCGACUACUUCAAGGUCCUCUUCAAGGCUCCUGGCGGUGACGAGGCCAUCACCAACAAGGUCCAGGCCAAGGGUGACGCCCAGACUCUGCUCGACCUCCGCCAUCUCACUCUGCGUGGUGAGGUCGCUUCCAACGUCAUGUUUGUCCGCGACGCCGUCGAGUUCGCCUUCCACCAGGUCUACCGCGAGGUCUGCUGCCGCAAGGUCUCUCCUCCCGCCCUCGUGCAAACCCAAGUCGAAGGCGGCGCCACCCUCUUCAAGUUCGACUACUACGGCGAACCCGCUUUCCUCACCCAAUCCUCCCAGCUCUACCUCGAGACCGUCCUGCCCUCCAUGGGCGAUGUCUACUGUAUCGAAAAGUCCUUCCGCGCCGAAAAGUCCCUCACUCGCCGCCACUUGUCCGAGUACACACACGUCGAAGCCGAGCUCGACUUCAUCACCUUCGACGACCUGCUCGUCCACCUGGAAGAAGUCAUGUGCCGCGUCAUCGAAAUCACCCUCAGCGACCCCAAAAUCGCCGCCAUCAUCAAGGAACUCAACCCCGACUUCCAAAUGCCCCAACGCCCCUUUAUGCGCAUGAAGUACAGCGAAGCCAUCGACUGGCUCGUCCAACACAACAUCCCCAACGAAGAAGGCGAAGCUCACAAGUUCGGCGACGACAUUGCUGAGGCUGCAGAGCGCAGAAUGACCGAUAUCAUCAACAAGCCCAUCUUCCUCACCCACUUCCCCGUCGAGAUCAAGGCCUUCUACAUGCAAAAGGACAAGGAUGACCGUCGUGUUACCGAGUCUGUGGAUUGCUUGAUGCCCGGUGUCGGUGAGAUUGUCGGUGGUUCCAUGAGAAUGGACGAUUACGACGAGUUGAUGGCUGCCUACGAGCGCGAGGGCAUCGAUCCCAAGCCUUAUUACUGGUACAUUGAUCAACGCAGAUACGGAUCCUCUCCCCACGGUGGCUACGGUCUCGGUCUCGAACGCUUCCUCGCCUGGUUGUGCAAACAGCACACUGUCCGCGACACUUGUCUCUACCCUCGUUACAUGGGCCGCUGCACUCCUUAG